GGCAACCUUCGAGCUGGUGGCAUUUAUCAAUUAUGCAUUCUGGGCUAGGAGAUAUGCCAACAAGAAAAGGGUCAGUACUGUUAGAUCAGACGGCGACAAUUUUGGAGCUUAAAGAUCCAAACAGUAUGCAAUAGAUAGGCAGUAAUCAAGAGAGAAAUAUUUGAACUCAUCAGAAAUAUUUGAACUCAUCAGAAAAACCAUGGCAGUCGGAGGCUUUUUGGACUGGAGGGGAAAUCCUAUUAAUAGAAAGGUGCAUGGAGGAGUCAGAGCAGCAUGGUUUGUAUAUUUUCUGACUGUGGUGACAAGCACAGUCAAUGUCCCAAACAUGCUGAAUAUGGUUACCUAUCUCUAUGGAACAAUGCAUAUGGGAAUCUCAAGCUCUUCAACUACAGUCACUAAUGUUCUUGGUGCCACAUCUGGGUUUGCUCUGUUAGGAGCUUUCCUCUCAGACUCUUACAUAACUCGAGCUAGAACAAUACUCCUCUUUGGUCCAUUGGAAUUUUUGGGCUACGGUUUGCUCGCACUGCAAGCUUACCUUCCCUCUCUCCGUCCACCGCCUUGCAACGCGGAAGCAGAGGCAAGCAGCUGCAGAGAAGUCCAUGGCAGGAAUGCCGUCCUACUUUACGCAGCGCUGUACAUCAGCGCUUUUGGCGAUGGCUUCAUGCGUGCUUGUAUGCCGCCCCUCGGAGCAGACCAGUUCGACCAUGAAGACCCCUCCGAGUCCCGCCAGCAGUCCAGCUUCUUCAACUGGUACACCUUCGGAAUCUCCUUUGGGGGUUUCAUAGGAUUGAUCCUCAUAGUUUGGCUGGAGAACAGCAAAGGGUGGGAUGUCGGGUUUGGGGUGUGCGCGUUCCUGAUCCUGCUUGGGCUGCUUGUGGUUGCUGCUGGUCUCCCUUUGUACCGCAACCAUGUACCCGAAGGAAGUCCGCUAACUCGGAUACUCCAGGUUCUUGUGGUUGCAUUCAAGAACAGGAAGCUUCAACUUCCUGAGAAGCUGGAAGAAGCACAGGAAGAAAGAAGCACUGAGCAAGGAGGCUCUACUGAAGUAACUGAAAUAGCUUCUCAAACAAACAGUAGUCUGAAAUUCCUUGACAAAGCUUGCAUCAAUGGAGGCAAAGACGGGGCCUGGUCAGUCUGCAGCACGAAGAACGUGGAGGAGACAAAGGCCGUGCUCCGCGUGCUCCCCGUCUUCAUCAGCUCCCUGAUCGGCUACAUGUCGAACCCGCUCCUCUUCACCUUCACCGUGCAGCAGGGCGGCUUGACCAACACCCGGCUGGGGAGGAUCCACGUCUCGCCGGCGACGCUCUUCAUCAUCCCCAGCGCGUUCCAGAUGGCGCUGCUCCCGGUGUACGACCGCUUCCUCGUGCCGCUCCUGCGGCGGCGCACGGGCUACGCCAGCGGCGUCACCCACCUGCAGCGCGUCGGCGCCGGGUUCGCCGCCGUGAUCCUGGCGUCGGCCAUCGCCGCCGUCGUGGAGAGGAAGCGGCGGGCCGACGCCGCGGCGGCGGGGCAGAUGUCGCUGUUCUGGCUGGCGCCACAGUUCUUCCUGCUCGGCGUCUCCGACGUGACGUCGUUCCCGGGCCUCCUCGAGCUCUUCAGCAGCGAGGCGCCCCGUGGCAUGAAGUCCAUCGCGUCGGCGCUGUUCUGGUGCGAGCUCGGCCUCUCGUCGUGGCUCGCCACGCUGCUGGUGCAGGUGGUGAACAGGGCCACGAGGCGGCACGGCGGCGGCGGCGGCGGCGGGUGGCUCGAGGGCGCCACCCUCAACACCAGCCGCCUCGACCUCUUCUACUGGGUCGUCGCCGCCGUCGGGCUGCUUGGCUUCGUCAACUACCUCUACUGGGCGAGCAGGUACAUAUACCGGCAAGACCCACGCGUCGUCGUCGACGUCGAGCCAUCGGCGGAUCACGAUUCACCUUGAAAAAUACCGCGCCUGUAGUGUUGGUCAAACCGUGCCAAAGGAUUAGUCAAGUUUUGCGUAGAUGUGAUUUUGCCUAUAGUGCUAUUAUUAGUCAAACGUCCGUUACUAGCACACACUUUUUUCUAAAAAUUUUCGUCCAAAAAAAACUUUAAUCGAAAAAAAAAUAUAUGAAAACUUUCAUAUGAAAAGGUGUGCGCUAAAUAGCAAUCCUGGUGAUUUGGUAGUGAUGAUCUGUUGGAUUCCAUCCAUUUUAUCCCUCCUAGUAAUUUGCAGUAGCGAGAUGUUAUGAGAAGGUAGCCGUCGUGUGUGCUGUGUUUAGCAUCAUAGCAUGUACGUAUGGUUGUCCGUGGCAAAGCUAUGUAAGAUCUGAUUUAAACAUGGAUAAGCAUUGUUGUAGCAAGACA